UAAAUAAAUACUUUUAUAUCUUUUACCCCGUUGCGCGUAAUGUGCUACGGAAAAAGAGUAAUAAAUUCACAAUAACACCAUGUGCGAGUCAUGCCGACGACUCAUGUGAAAUCGGCCUUGCGAAAGAAGCGAAACGUUAUAGGUACAGCUGAGAGUGCUAAAUACAUACAGGUACACUUAGUCAUCUAUAUAUACUGCACCUCAUCAAAAUCAAAACAAAGGCAAACGUCCAGAGUCUGUAUGUGUGUACAUAGGGUAGGCAAAAAGUAAACAGAGCCAUUCAAACCAUCGUCAGUGCGAAAUACGUAAGUAUAAGUAUAAUACGUGUAAUCCCCGUUUAACGCGAUGAUAAGAAGCCGAACCGCCGCCGCGCGCAGAGUAUCGACAAAAGACGUGAUCGACGUGCUUGGAAGUGCGGUGUAUAGCAGACGACGAGUGCCGCGCGACUGUACAGUCUUCAUUCUCCAUAGCCUGCUGGGCCCUGCCGUCGAGAAGCCCGUUUGCCCUAAAAGAUACCUACUCAGCUCAGCACAUCGUCGGAAAGUCUCCGAGGGCUCGAACGAGCGGACACGUGAACACUCAGUGCGCUGACGUUGGCUUUUGAGGUUUAUUCGCUCCGAGAGGAAGACUGCGCGCGAAGUGAGAAAGUAUACUUGACUUGUGGAAGAAAAGAGCUUGUGAGUCGCGAGACGCUUUGUUCGGACCUGCAUACCAUCUGCGUAUACUUACCGUGUAGUUGCCGUUGUCCGUUUAGUGUACUGUACUGUGCUAUGCUAAUAUGCUAUCCACUUCGAAGUGCGAGCGUUUUUUAAGGUUAGGUUUCACACGCCAAGGAAAGGCUUCCUUAAUGGAUGACGAAGAUGAAUGUCUCGGGCAGAAUGGCAACAUUUUAUUUGCCAAUGAUGCUGCCAGAGCAGCAGCAUUCGAUACUACUGACGAAAAGGAUACGUGUGAGGAGACAAAGGGUGAUCUGGGAGACAUGACAUUUUGCAUGACCAGCUACAUCAAAGGUGUCAUGAAGAUGAUGCACAUUAUGCGUAGCCAUCACAUGCUAACCGAUGUCAUGCUGGAAGUUGGCUCUGAAAUAUUCCAUGCUCACAAAGUCAUCCUGGCAGCUGCUAGUCCUUAUUUCAAGGCUAUGUUCACAGGAGGGUUGAAAGAAUGCGAGAUGACCAGAGUGAAACUCCAAGGAGUUUGUCCAACAGCAAUGGCAAAAUUGGUGUAUUUUAUGUACACUGGCAAAAUACGAGUAACAGAAGUCACGGUCUGUUCGCUUUUACCAGCGGCGACGAUGUUCCAGGUAUCCAACGUCGUACGUGCGUGCUGCGUCUUUCUGGAAAAGCAGAUAGAUCCAACGAAUGCUAUCGGUAUCGCGAACUUCGCCGAGCAACACGGCUGCACGGAUCUCUAUAAUAAAGCCACUCAAUUCAUUAUUCAGCAUUUCAGUCAAAUCUGCCAGGAGGAAGAAUUUCUCCAACUGUCAGCUAUGCAAUUAGUAUCCUUAGUACGAAAGGACGAACUGAAUGUACAGGAAGAGCGUGAGGUCUACAACGCGGUGCUCAAGUGGGUCAGGUACAAUGAAGAAGCUCGAGGUCCCAAAAUGGAGCAUAUCCUGCACGCGGUUCGAUGCCAGUACCUCACGCCUAGCUUCUUGUGCGAACAAAUGAAAAACUGUGACGUUCUAAAGAAAAUGCCUGCCUGUAGAGAAUACUUAGCACAGAUCUUCAAAGAUCUUACGCUCCACAAAAAACCAAUUGUUAAGGAACGCACGCCGAAUGCGCCCAGGAUUAUUUAUAUUGCAGGCGGGUUCUAUUCGCAUUCGCUAGAUACACUCGAAGGUUACAACGUAGACGACAAGACGUGGACAGAGCAUGCGAAACUAAUCGUGCCAAGAUCUGGACUUGGGGGAGCUUUCCUCAAAGGCAUGUUCUAUGCUGUCGGAGGCAGAAAUAAUACUCCAGGAAGCAGGUAUGAUAGUGAUUGGGUGGAUCGUUAUAACCCAGCUACAGAUCAGUGGAGACCCUGUAGCCCUUUAUCCGUCCCGAGAAAUCGUGUUGGCGUCGCCGUAAUGGAUGGUCUGCUCUACGCUGUCGGUGGAAGUUCCAACGCGGAGUAUCAUAGAAGCGUGGAAUACUACGAUCCAGAUUGUGACUCGUGGACAUACAUCAAGCCAAUGCACACGAAGAGAUUAGGCGUUGGAGUAGCGGUGGUCAACAGAUUGCUCUAUGCGAUAGGCGGCUUUGACGGCGUGAACAGAUUAAAUUCCGUCGAGUGUUACCAUCCAGAGAACGACGAGUGGAGCAUGGUGGCAGAGAUGAAUGAGUGUAGGUCAGGUGCUGGAGUGGCAAGUUUGGGCCAAUAUAUUUACGCUGUUGGAGGCUAUAAUGGGGUAUCUCAAAUGAAGAGUGUUGAGAGAUAUGAUACAGAGAGCGAUUCUUGGGAGUUCGUUGAACCCUUGCCAACAGCUCGAAGUGCCUUAAGCGUUACUGUGCUCGACGGCAAAUUGUAUGCUAUGGGUGGAUUUAAUGGCAUCACAUUCCUCAGUACUGUUGAAAUUUUCGAUCCCGAUACGAAUAAAUGGGAAAGUGGUCUUCCCAUGACUUCCGGUAGAUCCGGUCACGCAAGUGCCGUCUCUUAUCAAAAUUGUGCUUUUAACUGCGAACACUUAGAUAACACCAAUUUACAAAAAGCGCCGUCGUGACAAUAGUGUUGAUGAUUAUAGUCGGAAAAUUAAUGAAAAGCAAAGUUAAGCAGAUGGCUUUCUAUUGCUUUUGGUAUUCUUCGUAUAGAAUGUAUUGCGACUAUCGCAAACAUUUUCAUUGAUAAUUGUAAUAUUCAAGUUUAAUGUAAGUAGAUUAUAUAAUUAUUUAAUAUUAAAUGUAAGCAAUCUUCUUUAAAAUAUGUAUUCUAUGAAAGAAUACUUUGGUUGAAAUGACAAACUCUCGAUAAAGGAAAUCAAUUAACCAGUUGAUGAUUCAUCAAAGGAAUGAACAUUAAUGAACAUUAUGUACGCUUUUACUGUAAAGAGUCACACUUUUACACGGAGAGAAAGAUCAGUAGUAGUAGCGACGAACCCGAGUAAAUUAAAAAUAAGAGCUCUGGAAUGGCUCUUCCCCAUUGUUUGAAUUUUUCGGCUCUCUAGUCUCUGAAUUUGAAAACUGUUUUGUUAGGGCCCUCUUUAGCAACACAAGUUAUAAAGUGCAGGGCUUUAUUACCCAUCCAUAGGUUUUGUCUAAGUACAAAAUAUCGCUGUUAUACUGCUAAAUUUUCUAAUUUUAUAAGUAGUUCAAAGAAACGUUCCAUCGUGAUUUCAUACUGUUAAGAAUAUAAUUAAAAUCGAAUUAAAAUUGUAAUUUAUUAUAGAUAAACCUCAAACAGACAUGUUUGAGCAAGUUAUUUUGUAUGAGUAAGAAAGUGCUUAUAUUAUAAGUCGUGUACGAAACAUACUUAAGUCUUUCCAUAAUCUUAUACUGUUUGUAUUAUUGUGACAUUUGAAUUAUUAUACAUUGAUCUUAUAUAGUGAAGAUUAUAACGAUUCCUAAUUUUGUAUAAUGAUUAACCUUAAGCAAUCAGUUAGAAUAAUAUGUAAUUCAUCUGUUAAUUAUAAAAAAAUCAUUGUUAUUGAAUUAUGAAAUGAAAAUGCAUAAAUGUGAAUUAUAAUGAAGAUAG